AUGGAGCCAUCAGGGAAGGAACCAUAUCUACAUAAAGGAUGUUAUUUUCUACCAGUGGUGUCCUCACCUGAAAAAAUAGAUUCACUGGAAAGUUUUGAAAUCCGAGAUGAUGAUACAUUUAUAAUCACAUAUCCUAAAUCAGGCACAGUGUGGACUCAGAACAUUGUGAGCUUGAUUCUUUAUGAAGGUCAUCGAGAUGGAACUGAAAAUAUUACCCUGAUUGACAGGGCACCAUGGCUAGAGUAUAAUGUUUACUAUGUAGAUUUACCUAGUCGCCCAUCACCUCGUGUCAUUUGUUCCCAUCUGCCCCACUAUUUGGCACCCAAAGGAUUACAAAAUAAAAGAGCAAAGAUUAUUUAUGUGUUUAGAAAUCCAAAGGAUGUCUUUGUUUCUAGCUAUCAUUUUUACAAAAUUUUAACCAUGAUGGAAACAACAGAAGAGUUUGAUGCUUACUUGGAGACAUUUUUGGCUGGCAAAAUGCCCAAUAGUUUAUGGCUUGACCAUGUAGAAGGCUGGUACACUCAUAAGGGUGAUUUCAAUAUUCUCUUCCUUUCUUAUGAAGAAAUGAAAAAGGAUCUGAGAAGUUCUGUACUGAAAAUAUGCCACUUCCUAGGAAGAGAACUAACUGAAAAGGAGGUGGAUGAUGUGGUGGAUAAAGCUACAUUUGAUAGCAUGAAAGCCGAUUCUAGAACAAACUAUGCAUCUGUGAAUCCUACCUUAGCAGAUUCUAGCAAAGGGGUCUUUCUUCGUAAAGGCAUUGUUGGGGACUGGAAGAACCACAUGACUGUUGCCCAGAGUGAAAGAUUUGACCGUGUCUUUAAGGAGAGGAUGGAAAAGCUGCCCUUCAGGUUCUGCUGGGAUAUGCAGGAGGAUCCCGACCCUAUUUCCAGCUCAGUGGAGGAAAAUAAUGUGUGAUACGUGCCUUCAAAUGGUUUGAAUCAGAGAUGACCUUCCAAGAAGGGUCUGUAUGUAACCUUGUAAUGUUUAAUGUUUAAUUCUCAACUUUGAAGAGAUCAUAGAACAAAGCAACAUUAAAUUC